AUGUGCGGCAACACGCAGCAGCAGCAAAAGCAGCAGCAGCAGCAGCAGCAGCAGCAGCAGCAGCAGCAGCAGCAGCAGCAGCAGCAGCAGCAGCAGCAGCAGCAGCAGCAGCAGCAGCAGCAGCAGCAGCAGCAGCAGCAGCAGCAGCAGCAGCAGCAGCAGCAGCAGCAGCAGCAGCAGCAGCAGCAGCAGCAGCAGAAGCAGCAGCAGCAGCAGCAGCAGCAGCAGCAGCAGCAGCAGCAGCAGCAGCAGCAGCAGCAGCAGCAGCAGCAGCAGCAGCAGCAGCAGCAGCAGCAGCAGCAGCAGCAGCAGCAGCAGCAGCAGCAGCAGCAGCAGCAGCAGCAGCAGCAGCAGCAGCAGCAGCAGCAGCAGCAGCAGCAGGUGCAUGAGGAGCGAUGCGACACGAGGGGGGGAGGGAGGGGACGCACCUGCACGAUGGUGGCGUUGAGCCAGCUGUAG